AUGGCGUCGCGGCACGCGCCACCCUACCAGACGCCGCCGCCUGCAGUGGGCAAGGCUGGUGGCAGGCUCGCGCGCCUGGGCCACGCCUCGCCUGCCUCUAGCGCCGGCUCGCUGCCCGGCGUCGCCGCCGCGGCAGCCGGCACCCCGCCGUCGGCGGCCCGCGCCAGCCCGCGCACGCCAGACGUCGUGCCCGCCAGCGGCGCCGGGCGCCCGCGCAGCGCGCGCAGCGGCUCUGCCACGCCGCCGUCCGACGACGCCCUGUCCCUCGCCUCUGGCACCACCGCCUCCUUUAGCUCCGCCGCAGACGCCUGUCUCUUUGCGCCCGCCUCAACAGAGGAUGCGGUGCACGCGGUGCCCUCUUUGCUCAGCCAGCUUCUGUCGGGGCGCACCGACGAGCAGGUGCUGGCUGCCCGGAAGCUGCACGCGUACUGCCGCCACUGCGGGAGGCCCGUGGAGGCCUCCGUCGCGGCCGCCGGCGGCGUGCACAUGCUGCUCAUCAUGCUGGACAGCCUGGACCGCGGCCUGAGGGACGUGUGCACCCGCAUUCUCACAGACCUGGCGGCAGACGACAGCGUCAGGGCUGAGAUCCUGUCUGCGCCCGGCGGUACCGCCAAGGUCAUCCAGCUGAUGUACCGCAGUAUCCUGGACGGCCAGGCCUCGGCGGGCCGCUUCCUGGAGCUGCUGGCAGGCAGCCGCAGCGAGGCGGUGCAGGCCGCGCUGUGCCACGGCAAGGUGGUCCGCAUGCUGUGCAAGACGCUGGGGUCGGCGCCCACGCCGCGCGCCCGCGCCGCCGCCCUCUCCGCGCUGCAGGCCUUUUGCCGCCACGACCCCUCCAACCUGCGCAAGCUGGUGUGGAGCGGCGGCGUGGAGGCGCUGGUGGAGGUGCUGCAGUCAGCCGAUGGCACGGCACAGCAGCAGCAGCAGCACGGCGCGGCGCUGGCGCUGCUGGGCGCGACGGUGGCGCUGCAGGCCGACGUCGCCGCCGAGCUGGCGACGCCUGCGGCGGUGGAGGCGUUGGCCGCCUUUGUGGGCUGCCCCGAGCAGCCCCUGGAGCAGCAGGCGCAGGCCGCAGACAUGCUGGCUGCGGUGGCGGCGGUGCCUGUGAAGCGGGAGGGCGUGCGGCAGGCGCUGACAGACCAUGCGCUGCCCCGCGCGUUUGAGGUUGUGCACGAGGCGGCGGCGGCGGCGGAAGCAGAGGCAGAGGCGAGCCUGGGCUCGCCAGUGCGGGGCGAGGCCGUUGAGGCGGCGCACCGGCGCCGCCUGCAGGCCGCUGCGGCCGCCAUCGUGGCGCAGCUGGCGGAGCAAGACGGCGAGUGCUGCCACUCGCUGCUGUUCCACGCCCAGCUGCUGCGCCCGGCGGUGCUGAUGCUGGCGGGCGGCGGGCGCUGCGCCGCCGCGCAGCGCCUGCUGGCGGCCGCCAGACGCUACGCCGCCUCGCUCGCCGCACCCGGCGGCGCCGCCUGUGGCGGCCACGCCGGCAGCGCCGCCGUGGCGGCCGCGGCGCCGGCCUAG